UCCCAUUCCUGCAGAUCCCUGAGGUGGGAGUGGGCAGAUCCCAUCCCCUUACAUAUCUCUGGAUCUAUCCCAUUCCUGCAGAUCCCUGCAGCUGGGAGCAGGCAGGUCCCAUCCCCUUACAUCCCUCUGGAUCCAUCCCAUUCCUGCAGAUCCCUGCAGCUGGGAGCAGGCAGAUCCCAUCCCCUUACAUCUGUCAGGACCUAUCCCAUUCCUGCAGAUCCCUGCAGGUGGGAGCAGGCAGAUCCCAUCCACCCAUGCCCCCUGGGUGGGAGCGGGCAGAUGCCAUCCCUGCAGACCCCGGCUGUCCCAAUCCGUGUUGCUGCGGGCUGCAUGUGCAGCUCAGUGCUGGGAUGCUCCAUCUGGGAUGCUGCCGGGGCAGCGCAGGGGGGUUCCCACUGGGAUGCUCUUUCCCACUGGGAUGCUCUUUCCCCCCGGCAUGCUUGUGCUGUUGGGAUGUGCUCGUUCCCACCACCUCUGCAGCUGGAGGAGUUUGCGCACUUCGACUUCGGGGUCUGGCGCAAGCGCUACAUGCAGUGGAUCGGCCAGAUGAAGUCCCGCGUCCUGGACGUGUUCCGCGGCAUCGACCGGGACCAGGACGGGCGCAUUAGCCAGCGGGAGUUCAUCGAGAGCGUCCUGGCCUCCAAGUUCCCCACCAACGUGCUGGAGAUGAAGGCCGUGGCCAGCAUCUUCGACCUCAACGGCGACGGCUUCAUUGACUACUGCGAGUUCGUGAGCGCCCUGCACCCCAGCCGCGACCCGCUGCGCCACAGCGCCGACGCCGACCGCAUCCAGGACGAGGUGAACAGGCAGGUGGCCCAGUGCAACUGCGCCAAGCGCUUCCAGGUGGAGCAGAUCAGCGCCAACAGGUACCGGUUCGGGGAGUCGCAGCAGCUGCGCAUGGUGCGGAUCCUGCGCAGCACCCUCAUGGUGCGGGUGGGCGGCGGCUGGAUCGCGCUGGAUGAGUUCCUGGUGAAGAACGACCCUUGCCGAGUGAAAGGAAGGACCAACCUGAAGAUCAACGAGAAGUACCUGUCCCCAGAUGCCUUGGGGGCCGCCGCGGCCAAGUGCACGGGCAACCAGUCGGCCCCCUCCUCCAAGGUGCUGUCGCCGAGCCGCUCCAGCUCCAGCCUCAGCCUCUACAGCAGCGCCUCGGCCCCCAGCAGCCCCCUGGCCCGCAAG